AGCAAGAUGUUUGCAGAGUAAUGAAUGCAUCCUGACCGCAUUUACAACGCUGACGCAGUUAUAAUAUAUUAAUGAUGUCUAUUCCGCUACUGUAGCGGUUCUCCACAUCCGCAGGAGCCACAUUAUAGGCAAUCGCUGCUAAAAGGAUUUCUCUAACGGUCGCUAUUGAUGGACGCACACACGGAUAUGAUAUUGUGAGCGUUCGCGUAUUUUUCUGCGCACUGCAGUAAGGCUACAUUCAGCACUGCACGCGAUUGGACUGUGGAUGUGAUGGAUAUUGAAUGUUUGUCGGCAAGCGAGGAGAUCGCAUUCAGGUUUUCAUUAAGAACAAUGUUUGCUUGCAUGAAAACACCAACUGAAUUGAUAACGUGUGUGCAGUUGCUCAUCCAGUGUGACUGAGUGGUUCAAAGCCACUGUAUCCUUUAACAGAUGCGAGGCAACCAGUUCCUACAACUUCAGUUGCAUGCACUAGGGGAAAAGAAUGGUGUUUAUGGCAGAAAUCUCAAAACAUAUCGGAAUCAUCCCACAAAAAUAAUCACCCAGCCUGGAAUCGUAAUGAAAGUGUUGCGGAGAAAAAGAAUUGUACUGUUUAUAGCGUAUUUUCUGCUGCUGAUUCUCACCAUGCUGAACCUGGCGAACUACAGGUGGACUAAAGAACCUCAACAGUGUAAUCUCCAGAUGAGAAGCACUCCAUACCAGGGCAGGUCAGACAUUCGGUUCCUUUACAGACCAUCUCUUGCUAAAAAGAGACAGCUCGUCUAUGUUUUGACCACGUGGAGGUCUGGCUCAUCCUUUUUCGGAGAGCUGUUUAAUCAACACCCAGAGGUUUUCUUUUUAUAUGAACCGAUGUGGCACAUCUGGCAAAAGCUGUACCCGGGUGAUGCUGUGUCCUUACAGGGAGCAGCGAGGGACAUGCUAAGCUCGCUGUACCGCUGUGAUCUUUCAGUUUUUCAGCUCUAUAACAGCCCUGGGGGCAAAAACCUCACCUCCCUUGGACUUUUUGGGGCCACACUUAAUAAAGUCAUCUGCUCGUAUCCUCUCUGCUCUGCUUAUAGGAAAGAAGUGGUUGGGAUGGUGGAUGACAAAGUGUGCAAAAAAUGUCCUCCACAAAGCCUCAGGCUCUUAGAGGAAGAAUGCCUUAAGUACAACACUAUAGUCAUAAAAGGGGUCCGGGUUCUGGAUGUCAAUGUUUUGGCACCCCUUAUGGAGGAUCCGUCUCUGGAUCUCAAGGUGAUUCACCUUGUGCGGGAUCCCAGAGCCGUGGCCAACUCCAGGAUCAAAUCGAGGCACGGGUUGAUUCGUGAGAACUUACAGGUGGUCCGAAGCAGGGAUCCCAAACUCCGUCGGAUACCCUUUGUGGAUCCUGGCCACAAAAUUAGCAAAAAGGAUGGAGCAGAUUACCAUUCGGUUGGGGCUAUGGAGGUGAUAUGUGAUCGGACGUACAGGAGCCUGAGGACUGCCUUAAAUCCGCCCGGCUGGCUGAAGGGGAAAUACCUGGCGGUGCGCUAUGAGGAUCUGGUGGAAAACCCUGUCAAAACACUCCGGAAUGUUUAUCAAUUUGCUAAUCUCAGUGCCAACCUUGACAUCGAGUCUUUUGCUCUUAACAUGACGAAUGGCACAAGCUCUUCAUCAAAGCCAUUUAUUGUGUCUGCCAGGAAUGCCACACAGGCGGCUAGUGCAUGGAGAACAGUGUUGAGUAUUCAACAGAUAAAACAAGUAGAGGAGUACUGCCAUCAUGCAAUGGCCAUCCUGGGUUAUGAACGUGUGAGAACAGCUGGAGAAGCAAAAGACUUGAGUAAAUCUUUAUUGACUGCUUCCAAACUCUGACAGAGUUCUCUCCCCAGAGAUAGCUUUUAGAUGUCCACCUGAAACAAAGCACCAGCUCAGUAACUGUGGAUUUGUUUAUUCAAAUCAAAGUGCUUUUGAAGGAUUUCACAAUCUCUUUAUGGAGUGUCAUAGCUUUUUGUGGUCAUUUAAUAGCACUUUUCUAAACGGACCUGUAGAUGUUUGAUACAGCUGUAUCUGUGAACCACAACUGAAAAAUGUAUAUUGUACAAAUCAAAUGUUGCAUUGCCCUCCCCCCAAAAUGGAUGCUUAAGGUUGUUUGGAAUGUUCUAGGUCUGUUUUUGAGUUUCAGUUUAUUUGCUGUAUGUAAAAUUAAGAAAUGCAAAUGGAAAAUGAGCAACAAAAUGCUGAUCAAAACUGUUAUGCAGAGUGCAGGUAAUGCUGUUUCUUUAGAAUCAAUUUAAAGACAAUCAUUCAAUUUCACAAUCUUCACACACUUUAUGAA